AUGGCCGUGCAAUUUAAAUGGAACGAAACACAGCAGCCACACACGCCCGAAGUACCGCACUUGGAUUUCAACAGCCGCUUUUUAUCCACCACAACGACGACAACAGAAGACCGCGAAAUUCAGACAAGGGCUCAGCACGCUCGAGCUCUCUUGCUCUUACCGCUUUCAUGGCGUGCAUGUUUCUUCCCCCAAGGCCUCUCCGUCCCUCGGCACACCAAUCUCUCCGCAUUCGCCUCGUCUUCCUCUUCUUCUUCCCUCGUUCCUCUGUGUCAAGCUCUUCCCCAACCUCGAGCUCGAAGGUCUCUUGCCACGAGGAGUGUCGUGUCGGUUUCGUGCGCCCUUCAAGCUCUCAUCUUCGACUGCGACGGCGUAAUCCUCGAGUCGGAGCACCUCCACCGCCAGGCCUACAACGACGCCUUCGCUCACUUCGGCGUGCGUUGCUCCGAUCAGCCUCUCGACUGGGGUUUGGAGUUCUACGAUGAGCUCCAGAAUCGGAUCGGUGGAGGCAAGCCCAAGAUGCGAUGGUACUUCAAAGAGUAUGGAUGGCCUAGCUCGUCGAUUUUCGAGAAGCCUCCUGAAAGCGACGAGGAUCGGGCAAAGCUGAUCGAUACGCUUCAGGACUGGAAGACAGAAAGGUACAAAGAUAUAAUCAAAUCUGGAACUGUGAAACCUAGACCUGGAGUUUUGAGACUGAUGGAUGAGGCCAGGGCUGCUGGGAAGAAAUUGGCUGUUUGUUCUGCUGCAACUAAGAGUUCGGUCAUUCUCUGUCUUGAAAACCUUAUAGGAAUGGAGCGCUUUCAAGGUUUAGACUGCUUCCUUGCAGGUGAUGAUGUGAAGGAAAAGAAGCCAGAUCCUUCAAUCUAUCUCACCGCUGCCAAGAAGCUUGGUGUACCAGGGACCGAAUGCUUAGUGGUAGAGGACAGUGUAAUCGGGCUGCAGGCAGCGACAAGUGCCGGGAUGUCUUGCGUAAUUUCUUACACAUCUUCAACAGCAAACCAGGAUUUUAAAGAGGCCAUUGCCAUAUACCCUGAUUUGGGCAAUGUGAGAUUGAAGGACUUGGAGCUAUUGCUCCAAAGUGUUGUUGCUGCAAAAUAGGAGGGCGUGUACCUUGCUGCUGCUAUAAAGAGCUCGAGGGCUUACAUUGUAGAUUAUGUAGAAUAUGUUUUCUGCAAAUGAAGUUCUUCAC